AUGGGCCGCCACUGGAGUCAAGACACCGACUGGAUCUGGUCUCCAAACUGGGACGAGAGAGACCACGUCGCGCGCCUUGUGCAAUUCCGCAAGACUUUCACUGUCGAAAAUGUUUCAGUCCAGUGCUUGGUACAUGUCUCUGCGGACACGCGGUACAGACUGUUCGUCAACGGGCAGAGCGUUGCAUUCGGGCCGGCUAAGAGCCAUCUGGGGGAGUGGAACUAUGAGACUGUGGAUGUUGCGCCGUUGCUUCGCCCUGGUAGCAACGUUGUCGCUGCCCGUGUGCUUCGCUAUUCCCCGUUUCAUUCCGGGAAUAUGUCCAUGACGAGAGGGAUUAUCCCGGGUUUUAUUCUUCAUUGUUCGGAAAUUGGCAUAUCGACAAACUCAUCAUGGAGGUGCAAAAUCGAUGAAUCUGUAAAGAUCCUCUCGACUAAGGACUGGAAUCCGGCUCUUGGUCCGUCAUUUCUGUCUGUCAGCGAGGAUGUCGAUGGAUCCAAAGAAGAUAGGGGCUGGCUGGGUAUUGAAUAUGAUGAUUCAACCUGGGAUUCUGCGAUCAAGUCCACUAUGAAGGUCCCAAUUCUUCCAAUUCUGGAUCCGUGGAGACUAGCAGAACGAUCAAUUCCACAGUUUCCAGAAAUCGAGGCAAAGUUCUCCUCUGUUGCUAGAUGUGACGGAGAAUCCGACACAGUGCGCUGGCACCGUCUUGUGCAGAGCAACGAGGCAGUUGAGAUACCACCAAACAGCCAAACAGCCGUCGUUCUUGAUGCAGCAAGCCUAACGACUGCAUUUCUUCAAUUCAAUUUCCAAGGAGGUGCAGCGUCGAGGAUUCGUAUUCGCACUGCCGAAUGCUUCGAAAAGCCGUCUGAAUCGCUCACGCCGAACCCAUUCGCCCGCAACAAGGGUGACCGCGCUGAUGCAUCUGGAAUACUGGUCGGACAGGAUGAUUUCUACACUAUUGACAGGAAUAUUCCUGCUAACUUCCAAGUCUCCUACGAGCCCUUCUGGUUCCGCACCUUCCGAUAUGUCGAGCUGCACAUCGAGACGUCGUCCACUCCUCUACAAAUCCUACAAGUAGACUACAGAACUAUACACUACCCACUCGACAUCAAAACCCAACUAUCCCACUUCCCCUCCGCAGACACCGCAAAGACAUGGGAAAUCAGCCUCAACACCCUCCGCAACUGCAUGCACGAAACCUACGAAGACUGCCCCUUCUACGAACAGAACCAAUUCGCCAUGGACGCCCGGCUCCAAAUCCUCUUCACCUACCAGCUCUCCCACGACGACCGCCUCGCCCGGAAAUGCAUGCACGAGUUCUACGCCAGCCGCCGCUCAGACGGGCUAAUCGAGACUCACUUUCCCUCUCCAUUCCCGGGCGUGAACAUCCCAUGCUUCUCGCUGUACUGGAUCCUCAUGGUCCACGACCACAUGAUGUACUUCGGCGACGCGGCCCUCGUCCGUCAAUACCUCGGUGCUAUAGACGGCAUCCUCAACCACUUCGACCAGCGACUCAAUGAGACCGGCCUCGUCGGCCGCUUCGCAUGGGACGCUUGGCCGUUCGUCGACUGGACAAGAGAAUGGUCCGACCCUGCAUCUGCAAAGGGCGAUUUCCGGAACCUGGCUGUGCCGCUAGCGUAUCACCGCACGGGCGUAGCCACGUACAACAGUCUGAUCUACGCCUACGCGCUGCAGAAAGCAGCAGAGCUCUGCGUCUUUAUUGGGCGGCGCGACACGGGCACUGAAUACCGCCGGCGGGCGACGAGUCUCAAUAAUGCAGUCGUGAAGAACUGUCUGCGUGGGGAAUUCUUCGUCGAUGGGCCUGAUGGUCUAGAUGAGGAACGGAGCCAGCACUGUCAGGUUUUUGCGGUGCUCUCUGGUGCUGUUGGGGGUGAGGAAGCGAGGGAUAUUCUCCUCCGGGCUCUUACGGAACAGGGUGGGUACGCGCGCUGCUCGUAUGCAAUGGGGUUCUAUGUCUUCGAGGCAGUGCGUAAAACAGGUCUGUAUGACCAGCUGCGGCCUAUGUUAUUAGAGCCGUGGUCUGCUAUGAUAAGCCAGAAUCUCACGACGUGGGCUGAGUCGGCUGCGAUGCCGCGGAGUGAUUGUCAUGGGUGGAGCGCGGUGCCUAUCCAUGAUGUUGUUGCUAAUGUGGCCGGGCUGAGUCCUGGGAGUCCUGGGUUUGAGAGGAUCCGGUUUGAGCCGCGGAGGAAACAUUGGCAAACUAUGGAGGGGACGUUUGCUAUUGCGGGCUCUGGGGUGGUGAGGAUUGCUUGGGCUCCUGGGAAGCCGAUUGAGUUUACACCGGAUUUUGAUGCCCAGGUUGAGGUCCUGGGCGUGAAUGGUUCUGGCGCGAUGUAUCAGGUUGCGAGCGGGGAGACUUUGGCGAUUCGGCAUGAGUGA